CUAUAUUCCCCUUCUCCUUCAAAACCACCUCUUACCUCUCUUUUGGGAGGUUUUUGUUUGUGGUUGUCCAUGUUUUGUCUUGCUCCCCCAUUUUCCCCUUUGUCCUCCUCCUCUCCUCUUCUUCUCCACUGAAUCAAUCCACCAUUGGAUAUUUCUUUCCUGCUUUUUCUUGUUUGGCACUACUGGGUUUUCUUCAAGAUCCUCUUUGGGGCAGUAUCUCAAUCGUCUUCAAUGGUAGUUGUUGAAGAAGAAGAUGAUGGGGAACAAUGAAAUGCAUAAACUAGUUGGAGGAGGAGAAGUUGCUUCUCCUUUUAUCACCCCAAGUUCUCUCUAGAAAGGUAAUGUUGGCUCCGCAUUUUGCUGAUUCUUUCAUCUUUUGGGGGUUUGGGGUAACCAAAUGCCUUUAUGCCCUCCAUAUUCCAUGGUUUGAUACCAAUACCAUUGCACAGGCAAAGAAACCACCUCAUUCUCAUUUCUGGGUGUUCUCCUUCUCUGCUCUAUCAUACCUUGGAGGAGGGUAGCUGAUUGAUUAAGCUUGUGGUUCUCACCAUGGCAACAAAAAUCAAAGGGAUCUAUAAAGGAUUCAAGUACAUCUCCCAAAUCUUUGUUGUAAAGGAGCGUGAGAUGGAAAUUGGGUACCCAACAGAUGUUAAACAUGUGGCACAUAUUGGGUGGGAUGGCCCUUCUGGAAGUGCACCUAGUUGGAUGAAUGAAUUCAGAACUGCAUCAGAUUUCGCGGCAACAUCUAUUGGCAAUCUUCAUGAAACAAGAGGAGGUUCCAGUUCUGCAAUAUCCCCAUGGUCAUCUCAAGACUUUGAAUCCAUGGACCAGCAGUCAGUAUCUGAAUUAUUCAAAGAACAACCAUCAACGGACCUGCCCAACAUUCCAAAGAAACCAAAGAGGAAGAAAACCAAGUCAAAUUCCUCCCCCAAGUCUUCCUCCUCAUCGAGGUCUUCGCGAGCAGCAAAAUCAAAGGUGAAAUUUGUUGAGGUCAAUGCUGACCUAAAAAUUUAGAAGUGAUGUAAAAUUGUUGACUUGGUGAUAAGAUGGGAAACUUCAACGAGCAUAUCAGACAUCGUAGUGUCCUUCCUGUUCUCAGAAUGUUCAAUGACAACUCUUCCGAAGAAAAUGCAGCUGAUUGAGAGAAAACUUGUGUAUAUUUAGAGAGUGUGUUCUUUAUGUGAGAUUGACACAAGCAGAGAGUUGAUUCCAGAAGUUAGGCGGAGAUUAGCAAGGUGUGACAAAUGUAAGAAAUGAUCAGGGGUUGCAAUCUUUUGUUCUUUGUUCUUUGGUUUUUUGCUUUUAUUUUGGAUUUAGCACAAAUAAAUAAAAAUGUAGAAAAUUAAAUUCGUAAAUGAUCAUGAUGGAAAAGU